GGUCCCGUGGAUGUGGUGGUAUGCCAAAAGCUCUGAGAAUUGAAAUGGGUUGUUGCCGAUUCGAUUGAAGCUACGUCAAUCAAAUUCUGGGAUUGAUCUUAUUUGUGAUCACACCUGAUCCAACCAUGAACAAGACGAAGAAAACCAAAACUGAGCCAGCCAAGAGUUAUAGUCAUGAUAUCAUUCUCAGUCUCCCAAAUUACAUACUCGUGGACAUCUUUUCCAAAAUCCCCACCAGAAAACUCCUCCAGUUCAAAACUGUGUCCAAGUCUUGGCUCUCCUUACUCUCCGAUCCACAGUUCACCAAAGACUUAUUUGCUCAAACUCCUUCUUGCUUUAUGAUGUAUAGUCAGUGUCAACUCAUCCCGAAUGGCACGUUUAUAGUUGAUCCUGAAAAGGCGUCGAGCCCGGACGGCGUCUCACUCAGGGUGCCUAACUCUGCUAAUGAUGAUCCAUAUUGGAUGCGUCAUAUGGUGGGUUCAUGCAAUGGCAUCCUCUGCAUACGCUAUAUUGGAGUUGAGAAUAAAAAACGGUCUAACUUCAACACUUUUUACCUUUUGCAUCCCAUUACCGGUGAGACUGUAGUUCUUCCAAGACUCAAGAAUGCUGGAAACCCUCACUGGUGUCACAGAUAUUGUGUUUAUGGGUUUGGGUUUAGUCCCAUCACCCACAAGUAUAAGCUUCUAGUUAUUAUUCAUCCAGCUCCAAGCUCUUGUGAAUGGAAGGCAAUGGUGCUGACAGUGGGCUCAAAGAGUUGGAGAAGCAUUGGGAGUUAUAAGAAUCCUGGUAGCCUGAAACAAGAGAUGGUUUAUUUGAACGGUUUCCUCCAUUGCUUUGAUCGUAACCGUUAUUCCAUUCAUGCAUUCGAUAUUGAAAGUGAGCGGUUUCAAGAGUUUCAGGUUCCUAGACAUCGCCCCUUUGACUCUCAUGGACUGGGAGUGUUGGGAGGCUGUCUCUCCCUAGCUGAAUUUACUUGGAAAGAUCCUGAUGUUUCUUGUGUUUGGGUGAUGAAGGAUUAUGGUAUUGAAGAGUCUUGGACUAAAGAGUUUGAAAUGAGUAGGUGUGGACUACGACCGUUGAAAUUUACAGAAGGAAAAUUAUUUGUGGCAGGUUUUGAUCCAGCUUGUGGAAGUAGUUUGAUGGCUCAUACGCCUGGAACAAGGAGCCUUCAGAAGAUCGAGGUUGUUGGUAUGCCGCCGCGAAGUUGUGUUUAUAGGCUCUUUGUUCCAAACUUGGUUCCGCUAAAGGAUAUCCUCCAGGGCUUAGCAAGCUCCUGAAGAUGGUACGUUGGUACUACUUAUGUCCGAGUCCGGUUCAGCAUUUGGUGGAUUGGCUUGUCUUUCUAGCUAUCUGCAUUUGGUGGCAUGGGUAUGGCUGCUCUUUGUUUGCAAUAUCAUUUUCUUGUGAAAUUUUUAAAAAUGGAUCUAAGGUACUCUAAAUAUAUAUGUUACAGAUGAUUAUCCCUUGGUGUAUUUUCACUUCAUUGAUGAAUAAGUGAUGCUAUAUAAUAUUCUCUC